AUGCAAAGCUCCCCAAACUCAGGCUCGGAAUAUUACAACUACAAGGGCCUUUUCAGUAUCAUUUUAGUUGCCCUGGUCAGUUCUGAUUACAAGGUUCUUUGGGCUGACGUAUCAGGAAACGUUUCCGCAUCAGAUGCUCAAAUAUUCAACCAAAGUGAGCUGAAGCCAGGUCUCGAGAACGGCGACAUUACGGGUUGGCCAAAUCCAGAUCCCUUACCCAAUGACACCCAAGAUGUCCCAUACUUCAUUGUGGGCGACGAUGCUUUCUUUCUGAGAACAAACCUAAUGAAGCCAUACAGUGCAAAGGCCCUGACCAGGGAAGAGCGUAUCUAUAAGUACAUGCUGUCGAGGGCCAGGAGAGUCGUCGAAAACACAUUUGGUAUCAUGGCGAAUAGAUUCCAAGUCCUUCUCACCACCAUGCAGCACCAUGCCGACACAGUCAGGCUGAUACUGAAGACUUGCAUUCUGCUCCACAACCUAAUGCGCACCCGCUACCCAGUCCAACAGAACAGGCUUGUGGACCGGCAGCUGGAGAAUGGACAACUAGUUCCUGGAGAAUGGCGAAGGGGCCAAAACCUUGUUGACACAGUGGACAUGGUGGAGGUUCAAGCACCAAACACAGCUUCAAGAGAUGGCAAGAGGCAGCGUAACCUCAUCAAGCAUUGGUGCGGUGAAGUUUAA